AAAACUCAGGUCACUCAGCAAUAUGGCUGUCAGUAUAAAUGUGAUGCUUGUAAGAUGCUUUUCUCUUCGAAAAUUUUGCAAAAGCUAGCAUACAGAUAUAAAAUUUUAAAUAGUUUAGAACGUAAUGUGAUAUAUGGCGUUCCUGUCAAAUGGGAAAUGGCAAUGCGGAUUAGCUGAAUGUCUAAACAUUUAUUUUGAAUUGAUAACAACGCUAAAAGCAAAUAAACGACAUUCUUGUUCAAGAUUUAGGAAACAAAAAGUUUAACUACAAUUUAAAAUGGCAUCAAGGCUGGAUCGUUUAUUUAUAUUAUUAGAGACUGGAACAAAUUCAGCAACAAAAAAAGCGGCAGCUCAACAGUUGGGUGAAGUUCAAAGGCUUCACCCCCACGAGCUUCAUCAUUUAUUAGCACGUGUAUCAGGACUAUUAAAAUCCCCACAAUGGGACACCAGAGUGUCAGCUGCUCAAGCUAUACAAGCUAUCCUUUCCCAAGUACCUGUAUGGGAUCCCCAGCCAAUAAAAAGUGAGUCAAAUUCAUCGAAUGAAAAUCGAUCUCAACGAAAUGAAAAUUCAAAAAACCAAUUAACAUUUGAAAGUUUCGAUAUGAACCAAGUAUUGGCAAAAAGUACUCACCUGACUGGCUCAGAAGGUAGCGAGUACGAUUUAAUAAUUGCUGACGGUGACCAGCAGCAGUCUUUUGGUAGUCAAGGCGAGAAAUUACUAGCCGCUAAUUUAGGCCUUGACCCACGAUUAAUCGGAGUGGACACUUCGGAGCUGUUUACCGCUGAAGAUUUAGCACUUCCUGUUAAAUCUCAAGCUCAAUCGAACAAAAUCUCCGUAAGUGAAACACUGGAGCAGUCUAGUGGAUUGAGCAGGCGUGAAAUAAAUCGAGCUAAGCGUAAAGCGAGGCAGUCUAUAUCAAAGCAGCGAUCACGGGAGCCAGAAGAACAGCUUGAGACAACGAACAAUGUAAUUCAGCCAAAUGAUAAUGUAGAAUCUCUAAAAAAAAAAAUUAAGGUGGAGGAUGUAGUCUCAACGGAUGUAACAAAUUGCGAACCAAAAAAAGAUGAAGCUGUACCUGAUGGCACGGGCUGUUGGCCUGAUACAACGUUAGAUUGGCCAUUGGAAGCAUUUAGUGAAAGCCUCUGUCAAGAUCUUUUUAGUCAGAAAUGGGAGAUAAGACACGGGGCAGCCACGGCGUUGCGUGAGCUUGUACGACUUCACGGUAAAGGAGCUGGUAAAUCACGUGAUCAGUCCCAAGAAGAGAUGGAAGAAAGUAAUCGACGUUGGAUAAUAGACGCCGCAUUACGCCUUCUCUGUGUACUCGGGCUAGAUCGGUUUGGCGAUUUUGUAUCUGACCAAGUAGUCGCGCCAGUUCGUGAAACUUGUGCUCAAGUUUUAGGCUCUUUAGUCCUUUUACUGCCCAACGAUGGGGGCAAAAGCAUUAUGGGAAUAGUAAAAGUUUUAUUAAAGCUUUUAGAACACGAUGAGUGGGAGGCUAGACACGGUUCUCUUUUAGCAUUAAAAUAUUUACUGGCAGUGAGAGACGAUCUUUUGGAUCAAAUUCUUCCCACGUCUUUUCCAGCAGUAAUACGGGGACUUUCUGACCCUGUUGAUGACGUAGGAGCAGCAGCUGCUAGUGCACUUAUUCCAGUAGCUUCAACACUGCCACGAUUAUUAAAACCGGAUCAAUUACAAGCAGUUGUUGCGAGACUUUGGGAACUUCUUCGUGAUCAAGAUGACCUUGCGGCUGCUUGUAAUAGUUUUAUGGGAUUACUUGCGGCUAUUUUGUCAUUACCUACCACACGAGCUUGUUUAUCACUACAACCACUGUCACAAGUAUUGCCAAGAUUAUGGCCAUUUCUUAGUCAUACAAGUUCAAGUGUACGCAAAGCAACAUUACAAACUUUAAAAACGCUGACUGAAGAAGAUAAAAGUAAUGAAAAAAAUAGAAAAGAACGAUGGGGUGAAGAGAGUAGUAUUAUUCUUCAAGAGGCUUUACGUCAUGUUUUUCAACGAGUUUUAAUUGAACAUGUGACUGCUAUUCAAGAAGUAGCUGAAAAAGUAUGGGAAAAUCUUGUAACUUACAGUGAUCUUGAAUUACUUCUUCAUGCAGCUUGUCCUUGUGUCAGUACUUGGCUUUGUUUGGCAAUGCAACCAGAUAAUGUACCAUUUAAUUCGGGUCUUCUGAUAAAUUACAGCAAUAUAAAUGUUGUAAAUUCCAGCCCGUCUAAAGGAACAUCAAAAAGCGGCCAAACAAAUGGAGAUGGACAGUCAGAUUCGGGUUGUAGCAGUAUAAGUGUCACAGGAAAAUCAACAUCUGAAUUAAAAGUAUACAUAGGUGGAAUUGAAACAGUACCUCAAAGUAUUCGGCUUUCAAAUUCAGUCCGCGCUCGUAUUAUGGCAACGCGAACACUUGGUUUAUUAUCUAGAUACGUUGUUAAACCCGCACCAGGUGUAAUUUACACUCCAGAUAUUCCUAGUCCAGCUCUUUGUUACGCUCGAGUACUAUUAGCGCACCUUGCCUCACGAUCAGCGUUGCAGCGAACUGUAGUAGGCUUAACAAUUGCUCACUGGGCAGCUUUUGAGCAUCCUAACACUCCAGAAAUUCCAGAAAGCUUGCGAGAUAAACUUUUGGGGUGUCUCAAUGAAUGCACGUACUACGACGAAAUAGCUGGUGCUUUCACGAGACUUUUACAUGACAGUAAAGAUUAUAUAGCUACUUUAAAACACUACAAACUUAUAUUGCCAAUUGACACUGAUAAUACCAAUGGAGUAUUGAAUUUAGAUCAAAUAGCUAGUCUUGCAGCUAAGCCUAUCAUAGGGCUCCAAGCUUUAAAUAGUGGAACAAGUAUCGGGGUUGGAAGUGGAGCAGCAUUGAACAAAUUAAAACCAAAACUCGUAACAAGCCUUGAAGAGCGGAGAAAAACUCUUGAAGUUGGAGCAUCGAGUACAGCUGCUCAACAAUUGUCGUUGAAUGUAAUGGCCAUGGCUGCGCUUUCUGGAGGAGCUGCUAUGCUCCAUUGCUUACCCGAACCACCUCAGCCGUUGAAUCCUUUAGUGAAGCCCUUGAUGGAAGCUAUCAAGCGGGAAGAAGAUGAAGAUUUACAGAAACUCGCAGCUAAACAUCUAGCUCACCUAGUUGACCUUUGUACCAAUCGAACGCCUUCUCCGAACAAUAAAAUAACUACUAAUCUGUGCACAUUCCUAUGCUCUGAUGUAGAAUUUACUCCUCGUGUAACAGAUCGUGAGUCAGAUCCCUUUAACGGUAUAUUAACGCUUAAUAAUCGGCAUAAACAUGCAGAGCGCAUUGCUUAUAAUAGAGGAACUGGAAUUGGAGGAUCUAGCAGUGGAAGAGGUCCCGGAAGACCUCCAGCGACUGAAAUUCCUCUGGAAGAAUUGCUAGCUUACGAAGAACCGGAAGCCAAAGCUGCUAGAAAUCGCCGUCGAGGCGCUACUUAUGCACUAACAGCCAUUGUUAAAUUAAUCGGGUCUGAGUUACCAACUCGUCUACCUCAUCUUUGGGAAAUGAUCAUAAUGAAAAAUCACAAUAAAAUUGAUCUGUCUCUACAAAGUAAAGUUGAGCAAGUAAAUAAUUUAAUUUUUACUUUACAAGUUAUAGAAAUUGUAGUACCCAGUCUUGAUAAAUCUCUUUUACCUCCUGUACUUGAAUGUUUACCACGACUGUGUAGUCUUUUGGCUCAUCCAUACAAAGUAGUUCGGCACAUGGUUUCACGUUGUAUAGCAAUAUGUGCUGUUUUAAACACUGAAGUAACAAUGGGACAAGUAGUACGUUCUGUAAUACCACUUUUGGAAACGCACAGUGCUGAUACAAGUGCGCCAAAAGGUCUUUCGACUCCAAUUGAAAGUGAUUUGCGUCGCCAAGGUGCUGCAGAAGCGCUUACUUGUAUCGUUGAAAAUCUUGGAGUUAAUGUCGUACCUUUUGCGGUUCUUUUUAUGGUUCCACUUCUUGGAAGAAUGUGCGAUCAAAAUCAGUCCGUCCGGCUUGUAUGUAAUGCAACAUUUGCAACACUAAUACAAUUAUUACCUUUAGAUUCAGGAGCUAUAGCAGAUCCUCCGCAUCUUGUGGAAGAAAAAACCCAAGAAAGAAAAUUUCUUGAACAACUUCUGAAUCCUCGCACCAUUCCUGAGACUAAAUUAACUGUUAAAGUCGCCGCUGAAUUGAGGUCGUAUCAGCAACAAGGGUUAAAUUGGCUUGAUUUUUUAAAUCGCUAUAGAUUACACGGAGUUUUGUGUGACGAUAUGGGUCUUGGAAAAACUCUUCAAACUUUGUGUAUUCUCGCGUUAGAUCAUGACCGUAAUAAAGACGCUCCACCUAGCUUGGUUAUUUGCCCGCCGACUUUAACGGGCCACUGGGUUUGGGAAGCUGAGAAAUUUUUACAGUCCAAAGACCUUCCGGUGUUACAGUACUCUGGAUCUCCUCCAGAUAGAGAAAAAUUACGACCUCACGUUCAUCAGUAUCGAUUAAUCGUAGCGAGUUAUGACAUAGUACGAAAAGAUUUGGAAUUUUUUGAAGCAGUUCAAUGGAAUUAUUGUGUUCUAGAUGAAGGUCAUAUAAUUAAAAAUGGAAAAACUAAAAAUGCCAAAGCUGCUAAAAGACUACGCUCUUAUCAUCGGUUAAUUUUAUCUGGAACUCCGGUUCAAAAUGACGUUCUAGAAUUGUGGUCGCUGUUUGAUUUUCUCAUGCCUGGAUUUUUAGGCAGUGAAAAACAAUUUGCUGCUAGAUAUUCAAGGCCAAUAUUAGCAUGCAGAGAAUCCAAAGCUGGACCAAAAGAACAAGAAGCUGGAGCACUUGCAAUGGAGGCUCUUCAUCGGCAAGUACUGCCUUUUCUUUUAAGACGUAAUAAAGAGGAUGUUCUUAAGGAUCUACCCCCUAAAAUAACACAAGAUUAUUACUGUGAAUUGUCUGUGUUACAAAAGAGACUUUAUGAAGAUUUUCGCACGCGACAUUCAGCUACGCUUAUGUCUAAUUCAACAUUACCGUCAGCUGCAUCUUCUACACCACGUGGUCAUGUUUUCGAAGCACUUCGUUAUCUAAAAAAUGUCUGCAAUCAUCCGAAAUUAGUUUUGGGUCCUAAUCAUCCGCUGUAUCAUGAAAUUAAAUCGCAAUUGGAGCAACAACAAACGAAUUUAUCGGAUAUAGAUCACAGUGCGAAAUUGCCAGCAUUGAAACAAUUACUUUUAGAUUGUGGUAUUGGACAAACGCAACAACAAAAGCCAUCUACGCCUUCGGGAUUAAUUGAUAGUCAGCAAACACCCCAACAACUUGUCAGUCAACAUCGAGCUCUUAUAUUUUGUCAAUUAAAAGCCAUGAUGGAUAUUGUAGAAAAAGAUCUUCUUAGUAUUCAUUUACCUACUGUUACGUACCUUAGACUGGAUGGAAGUAUUCCAGCGAUUAGAAGACAUGCGAUUGUCUCGAAAUUUAAUGCUGAUCCGUCUAUUGAUGUGCUGUUGUUAACGACGCAAGUUGGUGGAUUAGGAUUGAAUUUAACUGGGGCAGAUACGGUUAUUUUUGUGGAGCAUGACUGGAAUCCUAUGAAAGAUCUUCAGGCUAUGGAUCGGGCUCAUAGGAUUGGGCAAAAAAAGGUCGUUAAUGUUUAUCGGCUUAUUACUAGGUCAACUGUUGAGGAAAAAAUAAUGGGACUGCAAAAAUUCAAACUUUAUACAGCUAAAACUGUUAUCACUACCGAUAACUCAUCGUUAGAUACUAUGCGAACCGAACAAUUAUUAGAUUUAUUUUCUUUGGAAAAUGGUAAACAAAAAAGAACUGACGAAGGAGAAAAUUCACGAUCAAUCAGUUCGAUUCCUGGAGUUAGUCGAUCAGUUUUAGACAUAAUACCAGAAUUAUGGGAACAACAACAAUACGAUGACGAAUAUGAUCUUGACGCAUUUUUAUCAACGUUAAAAGGAUCCAACUUGUGAAGUUAUUAUUUACAGUAUCACAGCUAUAGCUGCAGAUCAAAAUAAAAUUAUUCAUCCAAGUAAAUAGAACGUAAGAACGCUUGAUAUAUCUAUAUAUUUUUUUUUUCUUUAUUUAUAAUAACUUAUAAAAACGACAAUGCAAAUACAUUUUCGCAUUUGUACCAAAAGAA